CUUCAUUCUUCCCUAUAGUUCUACCUUGACAGUUGAAUUCUUCAGAAUAGACCUACUUGCUACUAACCAACGCAAGAACACCCAUCAAUCAUUAUGAAUCACGCACAAGCAUCUAUUAGACGUCCACCGCAACCCCCUAUCAACUUCGCCGUACUAGUAGACCCGGCCUCAGUGCUCCAGGCCAGCAACAAACUAUGUGAGAAUCUACAACAAUUCGUAGACAAUCUGGUAUCUACGAUCACCCCAGCAAAGGCGACAUUUGACAAUGUUGUCCUACAACUUCUACAGCACGAGAAUGAGAUGCAGCGGACAUCCAACCUCAUCACCAUUCUCUCCCUCGUCGCACCUGACACAGCACUUAGAAAUGCUGCGGCCGAAGCUUCGGAGAAGGUUUCUCACUGCUUGAUGGAUUGCAAAGAGAGCAAUGAGGAUUUGUUCCGUCUUAUAGACGCUGUGUACCAGCGACAGAAAGAUGACCAGACACUCGACCCUGAGAGCCGCAAGGCCCUCGUGGAGGAGAGACAGAGUUAUUUCCGCAAAGGCCUAGGCCUAUCAAACGAUCCCAUAGAAGAAGACACCAGCGGCAAGGGUGAAACUAGCUCUAACUCCGCGACGUUCAGAUAUAAUACGCGCAGGUUACAAACCAUUCAAUCAGAAUUCCUCAAAAACCUAGAUGAAAAACCUCAUCACAUCUGGCUUACCGGCGCCGAGCUCACCGGAGUCCCAGAAGAUGCACUUUAUGGACUUGAGACUGGGACUGGAGAGUUUGACGGCAAAUUAGGGCUGGAUCUGAAUGGCAUGCAAGCUAGAUGGAUGUUGACUGUUGCGAGCUCGCCGGCGACGAGGGAGAAGAUUUAUUUGGAAAGUAGACGGAUUGCAAAAGAAAACAUCCCCCUCUUCCACGAAGCAAUCCAUCUCCGCCACCAAUCCGCCCUCCUCCUAGGCUACCCCAGCCGCCUCGCCUUCAAAACCGAAACUACAAUGGCCAAAACCUCCUCCGCCGUAUCCGAUCUCCUAACUCCCCUCCGCGAUCUCAUCAUUCACCACUUACCAACCGAUCUCUCCAAGCUGAUGGACCUAAAAAAGCUCGAUCCCGCCGCCCAGGACCAGCCAAAUGCUGAUGUGAUACUCUGGUCCGAUAUCCCGUAUUACACCCGUCUUUAUGAGGAACAGAAUUACGCAGUCGACCAAGCCCAAAUCGCCAAAUACUUCCCCCUUUAUGAGACGGUUUCGAAGAUGCUGGCUUUAUUCGGCAAACUUUUCGGCUUCGAGUUUAUUGAACUCACAAACCGUGAAGCCAACUCAGCUGCUGAGCAGGUGAAGGAGGGGCUCAUAUGGCACCCCGACGUCCACCUCUACAGAGUCUACGACGACCCCCAAGCCGGCGGGGAAUUCGCAGGAUACCUCUACCUCGACCUACACCCCCGCCCCAGCAAGAGCGGGGGCGCCCAAUGCCGCCCUCUGCAACUAGGAUUCUCCCUCCCAAACGGCCAGCGGCACCACCCCUCACCCGUCUUACUUACCAACUUCCCCAAACCCUCAUCAUUAUCGGGGAAGUCCUCGCCGUCCCUACUGCAGCACUCCGACGUAGUCCUACUCUUCCACGAGCUCGGACACGGGAUACAUGACCUCUCCGGCCGGUGUCGAUACUCUCGUUUCCAUGGCGCGGAGACGGUGGUGGAUUUUUCGGAGGCGCCGUCGCAGAUGUUGGAGAAUUGGUGUUGGGAUGCUUGCGCCCUCAAAGUUUUAUCUGGGCAUUAUGAGACGGGGGAAGUGUUGCCGGAUGAGGUGAUUGACUCGCUGUUGAGGACUAGAACUGUUCUUUCUGCUGCGAAGAUGAUGCCGCAGCUGAGGAUGACGGUUUUUGAUGGGGCUGUGCAUUCAGAAGCUGUGGAGGGGGGAGAAGUUGACGUAGCUAAGAUAUAUGCGGAGUGUGAUAAGCUCGGUGGAAUUAGGAGUAUUGGUGAGGAAUACGGAUACACAACAUACAGACACCUCUUUACCGGAAGCGACGCAGGGAUGUACGGGUAUAUAUGGUCGAAAGUUCUAGCUAUGGAUAUGUUUGAUACGGUCUUCAAGAAGGAUCCUCUAGAUGGCGAGGCGGGGAGGAGGUAUAGGCGUAUGGUGCUUGAGAAAGGGGGGAGCCAGAAUGAGAUGGAGACGGUUGUUCAGUUUCUUGGUCGGAGGCCGACUUCUGAAGCUUUUUAUAAGUCGUUAGGUCUGGAGUAAGUUCAAAACCGUAGUUAUCCUGCGGCGCGGAUUAUUAGGUCAGUAGACCAAAAGGAUCACUUUGCACGGCUCAUUUGUACCAGUGAGUGAGAAGUUAAGUAUUAUAUACUACGCCC